CUUGCGGUAGAAGGCGCUUGAUGUUGACGUCAGGCAUAAGCGAGACGGACAUUGCUGAAUGUUUUGUAAUUUACAAUUCAUUGUAAAAAUAUGGCAAAUUCAGCGGAUCCAAACUGUGCAUGGCCAGAAUCAUGGCACAAGGCCAGAAAAGCUUUGGAAGCAGUGAAUGCUUCAUCACCCCAGAAGAACAGCGAGAAACCUGAACAGAAAACAUUUAAUCCUCCACCACCACCUCCGCCUGCAUUUCAUCAAGAUGUUCCACAUCCUCCACCACCACCACCACAGGAUCCCUUUUUGUAUAACCCUGUCGCCAUGUAUCAACCAUACUGCUCAUACUACAAUAUGCCAACUUAUCCAACAGAAAAUCCAUACAGAAUGAAUGACCCAUACAAUAAUUAUGCUCCACCGCCGCCACCACCACCGCACCAGGACUUUGCUCAAAAUGAAAGGCAGAACAAUGAGAAUAUGCAGAAUGAUUUUAAUCAAAAUUCUCACCAAGAAACCGCCAGUCCUUCAUACAUGAAGAGUCCUAGAAAUCAAGGGCCAUAUUCCCAGCAGAAUGGCAGCCAUCCUAAUUUUGGAAAUAAGCAAGCUCCGGGUUCUGGUGGAAUUAGAUUUCAAAUCCCCAAAAGGAGGAAUGUUGGAAUGGUUCAACAAAAUAACCAAGGAGCAGGCCCAGGCAUUCGCUUUAACCAUCCAAGAAUGAACCCAUACCAACAACAGGGUACACGGGACAACACACAGUCUAAACACUCUGAAUUACAAAACCAGCAGAAAAAAGAAAGUCCACAGAAAGACAAUUUAAGGAAUGCUGGAUCCAAAAAUAGUGAUACGACAUCGAGAGCAAUGAAUAAUGAAGAUUGGCCACCUUCAUUAAAGGAUUAUGUUCAGAGAGCCUUUUCCUGUGCUACAACUGAAGUCCAGAAAGACAAACUUGAAAGUUUUUUGAAGGAGAAGUUAACAAAGGUUUUUAAUGAAGGAAGUACAUGGAGUGUGGACUGGAGUAAAGAACCAAUACCUAACUUUGGAAAUCGUGACACAUCAUUUCAACCGAAUUCAAGGCAAAAUAAAAUGGACAAAAGUAGACCAUUCGGUGGCAUGAGAGGUCGGGGUGGAAGGCGAGGAUUGGGAAGAGGGAUUUACUCAAACAACAGAGUUCCGACAUACAGGUUACGCGACUCCAGAUCGAGAACUAGGUCAAGAAGCCGGUCUUGGUCCAGGUCCAGAUCAAAAUCUUGGUCACGAUCUCGCUCCAGGUCUCGAUCACGUAGCAAUUCCAGGUCUCGUUCUCGAUCACCUAAUAAGAGGAGGAGAAGGCAAUCAAGGCGAAGAAGUAAUAGUCUCAGUCCAGUGGAUAUGGGAAGAAUUCGUGAAAGACGAAAGUCUGAGAGAGGUCAGGCACGAGGUCAGACGCGUGGUAUGGGUAGAGGCAGGGGAGGAAGGGGUCGUGGACGAGGCAAAAAUGCACAGCGUGAAACUCUGAGAAAUGAAAGCCCGGCACCAACUGCAGCAAAGAAAAACAAGAAAUCACCCAAGACUCAAUACAAAAUGGAAUUUGAUGAUCCUAUGAAACAAGUCAGAAUGGAUGAAAGAGCAGCUAGGUUUGGUUUGGAAAAAACACCUCGUCAAAAGCUUACAUUAACCAUCAACAAUUUUACAAAUAAUGAUGAUCCAGAAGAACAAGAUCUGUCCAGCUUCCGAGUGGUUGGUAGCUGUCCAGACAUGGAGAAACGAUACCUCAGGCUUACAACGGCACCAGAUGCCAGUACGAUCCGACCGCUAUUUAUAUUAAAGAAGUCUUUGAAAAUGGUUCAGGAAGACUGGAAAGAGAAGGAGGAUUAUCGGUACGCUUGUGAGCAGCUGAAGUCCAUCAGACAGGAUCUCACGUGUGAUCAUGAGGAGUUUAAUCAGUGUCAGACCCAGCUGAAACUGCUAUACCAUGAGGGACUAGGUGGCAACAUCUUGGAAUUUACAGCAUACAGAAUACUCUACUAUAUUUUUACUUCUAAUUCACUUGAUAUGACAACAGUGCUGUCGUCCCUGUCUUUUGACCACCGGAAGCAUGUCUGUAUAAAGCAUGCCUUGGAAGUCCGUUCAGCAUGGGCCCUUAAUAAUUAUCAUUCAUUUUUCAAAUUAUAUAGAUCAGCUCCUAGUAUGUCCACAUAUAUGAUGGAUUGGUUUGUUGAACGGGUUCGGAAGAUAGCACUCAAAUCACUUAUCAAGUCGUACCGCCCCAUGUUGCCAUUAGAAUUCUUCAAGAAAGAGUUAGGAUUUGAGCAAAUGGAUGCAGUUUUAGAAUUUCUCAAAGACACAGGUGUGGUGUUUUCUGCUGACCGGACAAAAAUUGACUGCAAAGCAAGUAAUGCUGCCGUUCAAGCGUUGUAGCAACUGGAAGGUCCUGCCCAUUCAGCUCCAGUUUUUCUCCCAGCUAAAAUGUUUGGCAGUAUUAUGAAAUCCUCCUGGGUGUUAGAGCAUUAAGUUAAUUUCUGUAUGUAGUCGUCAUUCAGUUGGUUAUACCAUGUCAUCUCGGGGGUUUCCUGAAAGUCGUCGCCAUGGCCUUACUGGUGAUAGAUGUAUGCUGCUCCUGCCAGUAAAUAGGACUUUAAUCAAGUGUCAUCAAGGAAUCGAAGUUUGCAGUAAAUUAUAGGUAAAUAUCCAGUGGAAUGUAGUUGUCUCCAAGGGAAAAGCUUCCAUUGCAUCUUUAAUUGAGAAAAUUGUUUAUUGGUUUGGGGUAUCUGCUAAUUUUUUGGGAAAGAAGAUUCGUCGUCUGUCUUAUAUUUUGCGUCUGUCUGUGUUGCUGGUAUUGUCGCAAAGUGAAGAGACGAUGGUUUAAAAUUAAGAAGAGGAGUUCCAGUUAGCUAAGUUGUAAUGAAGAGAGACAAAAUCAGUUGGCAGUCCCUUUGUGGAACAGGAAAUACAGAUGGCUAUCCCAGAAGGAAAUAUUUCCUCAACAGCUAGAAGAUCAGUCCUAGUUCUACCAAGCAAUUAAAACUAUGCUGUAGGAAAAUACCCAGUAAAAGCUUUAAUGUAACCAGUACCACAUGAAGGUGUGGUAUUGCCAGUGGAUGUAUGCAUGUGAAUUUGGGAUCAGUCUGAAAGGAGGACCUUUGGUUUACACACUUUCUGGUGUAACUCAAAGGUCCUAGUUUCAGCUUGGGUAUAAAAAUAUUCCAACAAGUGCAGACCAUGAGGAUCCACAAAAAUUACAAGCUAUCCUUGGAUGUAAGACUUGGUGAUGAAGGACUAAUUGCUUUUAUAUCUUUUGAACCAACAUAGGACAUUUUUAUGCUACCAGUUAUCCAGUUCUUUCUUUCCAACCUCAUUUUGAAGAUCCAGUAAUGUUUUCCAAAAUUUUAUUUAGUAUGUACUGUUAUAGAUUGUUGGUUCAACUGCUAGAGAUGAAAAUGUUGGGGCAUCUUCAACUUCAAAUUACAAGAGGAUUGUCCUUCAAAUCAUGUGACCCAUGUAAAGCAGAUGGAUUUCUUCAGCAGAUGUUAGAUGUGUGUUGUUUGGGGUGGUUGUGGUGUUUUUUAUUCCAUGCUCUGUGGAUGGUUUUCCUUUGGUGUGAUCUGAAGUUGUCCAAGCAUCACAGUGGCAGUCCUGUUAAUUCUUCUACAAGGAUGUUCCCAUGCUGGUUCCAGAGAUCAGAAGUCCUAGCCUAGAUCAGCUUUUAUAAUUAUAAUAUGUCUUUUCCCAACUGGAAAAUGUAAAUUCUUUAGAUUUCAAUUGUUCUAUUACAGUGUCCUUAUUUGAAAAUAUUUCAACAAAUAUGUUGCAGAAAUUUCUUUUUUUUCUUCAGAAAUUUCUUUUUUUUUCAGCCGAGAGUUUCUAAGUGUUGGAAUAAAAUAGUGUAUGCAUUUCUCACUGUUUAAUGUCAUAUGACUGUGUAUAUAUCAUGAUGGCAUAUUAAUAAUAAUAGUGUAAAAGCAUUUGUUUUGGUGCCAUUAACUAAAAAUCCUUUAUCUGUGAUACAUGUGUAUAUUUUGUUCAAAUUUAUAAAUAAUAAUCUUUUUCUUUUUCAGCAAAUUUUUAUUUUUCUUUCUUCCUAUAUAUGUAUGUAUGUAUAUGUAUAUUGUGAACAGUUAUGUUUACAUUCUAUGGCAUCUAUUUAGAAUUAGUAUAACAUACUAGAAAAUAGCUUCUUUACUAUCAAACCUUUGUUAAGCAGCCACCUGAGGGAAUAUUAGAAUAAUUUGACUUGUUAAUAAAUGUAUACUCAAUUAAAGGUGCAAUCUUGCCCAUCUUCCUAAUGAAAUAAAAAUCCAACUACAGUUUUAAUCGAGUGUAUUUUUGCUGUGAACAUCGCUGACCAACAGAAGUCUUUUGCCAUUUUUUUAGUUCAUUCGAAAAGGCAUCCUUCAUUUUGAGCAUUGAAUGGCAAAUUAAUAAAUUUUUAUGUUGCCUAGAUUAGUAAAAGAUAUUGAAGAAUGACAUGUCAAUGAACAGAAAAUAAUAAUUUGAAUCAUCUGUUCUCAAUUGUUAAAUAAUAAAAAUAUUAGCAAAGUUCCAGAUUUGAAGAAUGAUAACAUAACAUGUUAUAUAGGGGAGUAUUUUAAAGGGUGGCUGCCUUGUCACAUGUCUGUGUGUGUCUGCCAUAAUUGUUACUAUUGGAAAAUAAUUAUAUUUUGUACAUGAAAUAUUAAUGAUGGUGUAGAUAAAUAAUUACAAAAGAUUGAUAAAAACAAAUUCAUUGAACUGCUUUCUAUUAAGAACAUUGUAUACAAAAACUGACUGUAAAAUGGGUGAUUAUGAUUGUGUUUAGUUGAUUUAUAAGCAGUUAGUAUUGGUUUUGUGCCAUUACUUUUGACAGUGCAUCAUUAGAGUUUUAUUUCAUUGGCAACAUUUCCUUCAGAAUGUAUGGUUAAAAGAAAGUAUUGGUGUGAAUGUUGUGAUAGAAAUUGUAUACUACUGUUUUCUUCAAAUGAUUGGCUGUUGCGGUUUGUAUGUUAUAUUUUACUUUUGCCUAUUUUUAUUGGUUACCAAACUGAGUUGCCAAGUGUGGCCUGCUAAAGCUGAAAAAGUGCUAUGUAUGAAACAUGGGUCUAAUGUAAUUACGAGUAAACCAUUUGUUUGCAAAUGCAUAUAUAUAUAUAUAUAUAUAUAUGUAUGUCAUAUGACCGAAUUGGGUCUAGAUCCACUUUAAGUGAAUAAUUCUUGUACACAAAAUCAAUAUCUAUCUUAUAUUGGUUGUAAUUGCAGUUUGCAUUCUGUUUAUAGUAAUCAGAUAUUUCGUAGACAAGUGUAAUGGUAAUUCUUUGAUAUUAUUUUAUAAUUAUAUGUAUUGCUACUACAUUGCCCCACUGGCAGCUAUUCUUUGAUGUCAUUAAAGCAUAAAUAGUUACUUAAGAUAGAUUUGUUAUGGAAAGAUUUGUUAUGGAAAAACGGGUACUGUUUGCUUAACGGUGGAACUCGGAAGGUUAUGUCGUUCUUUAUGUUAAAUAAUGAUUUUAGCCUUUUCCUAAGUAUAUAGAGAACUUGGGAUAAUUUUAUAUCCAAUGUUUCUUAUUGUGAAAAUUGUAUGCAUAUGCAAACAAGUGUGUUAUUCUCUUCAAAAACAUGGUUGAGCAGAUUUGAUGUAUAUUUAUAAAAAUUUGCUGCUUUUGACAGAAAGAAAUUACUUUAAACUAUUGUGGCAGUUUUUUGUCUUUUCUCUUUUUCAGCAAUGAUAUCCUAUGGAGCACAUUUCACAAAUUUGCAUUUAUUCAGUUGUACGUUUUAUGUACUCGAAUUUCUGGUUUAUGCUGAUAAGAUUGUGUUUAUAAUUGUACAGUGUACAAUUUUAGGAUGGAAUUGUGGAAGAAUGAUCUAAUACUAUGCAUCCUUUCACCAAGUAAAAUAUUUUUUAAAGAAAUUAACACAAAUUGAAUGAAAUUUUGUGAUCAACAUCGGAUGAUUGAUUGUAGUAAUGUGUUAAAAUUCACAUUUCCUUUGAGGCACAUACUGAUCAAUCUAGCUACUUUAUGCCAACUCCGUAUAUAAUGUUUUUCUCAUCUUUGUUUUCAUUGGUUAAAUCUUUGAAGGCAAUAUCAUUUUGAUCGGAUCGGAUCGGUUGGAGGGCAAUAUCACUAUUUACGGAAGGUUAUGUGACUUAUUUUAGACCAAUGAAAAUAAAGAUAUAUUCUCAUUCAUAUAUAUAUAUAUAUAUGCACACACACAAAAGAUGUUUAUGCAUUCCUAAUAGUAUUUUAUUUCCUCGUGACUAUUAAUUAAAUGUUAUCAGUCUUACAACACACGCGUACACACACCCCUAAAACAUUAAGCAGACGAAGAUCUACAAGAUUUGAGUAAGUAUAAAAAUCCUAAAAUUGUGCACUGGAUAAAAUUAAUUUAAUUAUUUCUUUGAACAUUGGCGAUAGGGGUUUUUUUUUUCUUCUUUACUACUUGCACCGUUAUAACUUUUAUAGCUAUAGGCUGACAGUUUGGUUUUUCCAUGGGGUCAUCUAUUUGGUAUGUACGUGCAAAAACAUAAUAAUAAUAAUGAGUAAAAACUGAAAAGAAAAUACUAGUAUAUACAUGAAUAUCACAAUUUUAAAAAAUCUUUAAUAAUUUAAUUUGUCCUAGUUGAUGUAAAGUGGGUGUUAUACAAGUGUCCAUGUCAAACUUGUUCAAAUUAAUGGUACCAUCGUGUUUUAUAUUCAAAGUUGACAUUUGGGGUCUUGAACGGUAACACGGAUAAAAUGUAUUUUUUCAAACAAUUUUUAUGUGUAAAAAAAAGAUAUAAUUUUGUCUUGACAGGUAGGCAAUAUUCUCCUUUCGGGUUUAACUUGUUGCUCUGGAGGCAGGUGACUGUUCUGAAUUACUGGAAUGUUAUAUGCGUUUAUCUUUUAAUUAUUAUAUGAUGUUUAAUGUUCAGUAGUGUGGUGCGUGUUGCAGUUGAAACACGCGCCUUUGCACGAGUACACACUAAGUGGAUGGACCUCUAGGAAUUUGUAAUAAUUUUCUGUGAAAUGUGAAAGGUUUGAAAUGAACAGGUUUGGGGGUGAAUAUCGAGUUUGUAAGUUUUUGUUUCAGUUGAUGAACGUUGUGCAAUAAUAACAUUUUCUAAGAGAGUAAUGUAUUGUUUCGACAAGUUAAUUCUGUUGUUCCACAUUCAGGUCAAUGUUUGUGUUGUAUUAUUCUGUGUUCUGCACUAUAGCUACAUUUGAUUAUAUUUUGUAUUGUAUGUUCCAGUCUCCUUUUGUAUUGCAACGUGUAAGCGUUAUUUGUAAAUUGCAGUUAUAUACAUUUUGUAUAUUUAUGUUUUCAGCAUUGGUAGCUAUAAAACUGUAUAUGAUGAGCUUAUUAUACAUGUAUAUUAAGCAACUGUUUAACUGUCCAUUUCAAGCACAUUCGUCUGAAUGGAUUGUUGCGACUUCAUUAUAGAUAUUUAGUACAUACGUGUAUGUACCCGACUCAUUGUUUAGCUAGUCUACAGAACUGAAAGUGAAUAACUGAUCUUGGUGUUUUGUGGUGUAAUCUGCAUAUGCCAUUCAACAUCAUUCAAAUCACAUGGACUUGUCUUCAGGGCAUCGGCAGUCUGUUUCGUGUGAUGUUUAAAAUGUCGACACACUUGAGCAAUUCCAGCAGGAAUGUAACAGCUGAUGAUGAAUGCAUUUAUGUCAUAUAGACAAUUAAAAAAUGUGUGUAAAUAUUAUAUAUAUAAAUAUUUGAUGGAUUAAAACACACUGGAAUUUA